CUCCUUGAGCAUAAAGGCGCUCUCUCAUUUUAAAUUUUCGUCCCAACGGCCCAACCUCUCUCUCUCUGUCUCUCUCAUGUAGGGUUUCUCAGGGAAAACCAAAUCCCAAAAAAAUUGAAAAAAUGUUUGAAAAAACGAAACGAAGGAAAUUCCAUUUCCAUUGAAUUUGAAUUUUAAUCAAAAUAGAAUGCGUUGAUAUACUAUUUCUAUUGCUGAAUUGAUUUUCCUGGGAAAAUUUUAGAGGUAGGUGGUGCUUUAUAUUUUAGUAAAGUUCGCAGUGAAAGAGUAAAAGAGAGAAAAAGAAAAGAAAAAAAAGAAACGAUGAAUUUAUCGGAUCCAGCAAUGGCGUUAUUGGCGGCAAGCGGAGGAGACACUGUGAAGCUCUUCGAUGUUUCGGUGAAGGCCGGCGAUCCUUGCGCUUUGACCUACACUCCCUCUCCUGGUUGCUUAGUUAAUUCAGUGAAGUGGAACCACACCAAUUUGGUUGUGGCGAGUGCUGGAGAUGAUAAGAAGAUCUCGUUGUGGCGUAAGAAUGGGCAGAGCUUGGGGACGAUUCCGGUGGCUGGAGCGGAUAGCGGCGACAACAUUGAGGAGUCUAUAACGGCUAUCAGCUUCAGCAAUAAGGUAUCCAGAUACAUAUGUUCUGGUGGAAGUGGUCAAGUUGUAAGAAUAUGGGAUUUGCAGAGGAAACGAUGUAUUAAAUGGCUGAGAGGUCAUACCAAUACAAUAACGGGUGCAAUAUACAACUGCAAGGAUGAACACUUGGCUUCCAUAAGUCUUAGUGGGGAUCUCAUACUUCACAACCUUGCAUCAGGUGCGAGGGCUGCUGAACUCAAGGAUCCCAAUGAACAGGUAUUGAGAGUGCUUGAUUAUUCCCGGAUUAGCCGACACCUUUUGGUUACUGCUGGUGAUGAUGGGACCGUACAUUUAUGGGAUACGACAGGUCGCAAUCCAAAGGUUUCUUGGUUGAAGCAGCACUCAGCACCAACAGCUGGUGUUAGUUUUUCACCGUCCAAUGAUAAGAUAAUUGCUAGUGUUGGUCUGGAUAAAAAGUUAUACACGUAUGACUCAGGGUCUAGAAGGCCCUCAUCUUGCAUUCCCUAUGAGGCGCCUUUCUCGUCAUUGGCUUUUAGAGAUGAUGGCUGGACUCUUGCAGCUGGAACAAGUAAUGGUCGGGUGGUAUUCUAUGAUGUCCGUGGAAAACCACAGCCCUUUGUAGUUCUCCAUGCUUAUGGUAGUUCAGAGGCUGUUACAAGUUUAUGCUGGCAGAGAUCAAAACCUGUUAUCGUAAAUGAAAGUAAUUGCACUACUGAGACUGCUCUUGUAGGAAAUGCUGUUGAAGACUCAAUUCUUAUGCCUGACCCACUUCCUUCUGUGACUUCAUCGAGCCUUUCUCUGUCUACAGUAGUAUCCAGUUCUCGAAAUUUGGGCCGAUUGGGUGCCUCCAUGGAAGCAUCUUCACUUACAGCAACCAGCAGUGCAUUUGCAUCUAGCACACUCCAUACGUCUACCACAGAGGAAACACCACAUCGAAGCCAUUUAAGGGCAGGUGGUACAUUGGCAAGGUUACAAGCUCCUCGUUCUAGUUAUAACUUCAAGGAUGAUAUGGAAGUGUUUUCCCCUCUUGUGGAUGUUCAGCCAAUAACACCCUCACUUGACAAGCUGUGGGAUGACAAUGAAGGAAUCAAGAAGGAUCAUCUACUUGUAGAUAAGAGGCCUCCAUCACUGUUGUUUCCUUCAUCCACCAGGAGAUUCCCUAUUGCAGAUGAUAGUGGCAAUGACCAUCCAAUAUUUGAUUGGAAAUCCAGCUCAACUUCCAAACAGGAUGACACCCGAUCUUCCUUUACAAUUUUGGGUUCAACUCCUAGUCCAUCUUCAAAAAGUGAAGACUCCUCUAUCACUCCUCCAGAAGCUUGGGGUGGUGAGAGAUUGUCUGAUAAAUAUACUCACCUACGUCAGCCAAUUCCUUUGCCAUCUCGUUUUGGGACCUUGGCCUCUGGUGGCCAGUCAUCAGGAGGGUCAAUGUUUAGUGGAUUACAAGAUCUGUCCUCAUCAACAAGUCAGACUAGUAUUAGCUCCUUGACAAACUCAAACUUUGGUUAUGCGAAUUUUCGCGCCAAAGAUGUCUCUUCAAAUCAGGAGACAUCAUUUGGAUUUCCCGAACACUUAACCUCUAGUUCCACAUCUCUGUCCCUUGGUACAAAAGGCAUCACCGGACAGACUAACCUUGAUUUGCCAGGGCCAGCAUCUUCGACCCUGCCUCGAAGAUAUUCUACUUACGCAGAGAGAAUAAGCACAGCGUCUUCUUUCAGUGACGGCACAUCUCUUUCAGUAGUUUCUCCAAAAUUGAAGAAAACAGGAGCUGAAACCAGGGAAGAACUUUUGAAUAACUUGUUGGCAAAAUCCGAUACAGUGGCUGCUUCGGAACUAGGAAUUCUUCCAUCAAUGAAUGGAGUAAUCUCACAACCCCAAAAGGCCCAGCAACCAGAUGCACAGCAGGGAUCCUCCUUUACACUUCAGCUUUUUCAACGCACUCUUGAUGAAACUCUUGAUUCCUUUCAGAAAUCCAUACACGAAGAUAUGAGGAACCUUCAUAUUGAAAUUCUAAGACAAUUUCAUAUGCAGGAGAUGGAGAUGUCAAGCGUAAUGAGCUCAAUUUUGGAAAACCAAGCGGAAUUAAUGAAAGAAGUUAAAUCACUCCGGAAAGAAAACCAGCAGCUCCGGCAAUUGCUGUAAGCAUGGGCGAAGAUUGCAUUAUUUGUGGUUUUUAUUUACCCUUAAUUCUUUUGGAAGUAUUUGGGGUCUGUCUGUUGUUUCAUCUCCAUAAUUCACACUCCAGUUGUGGCCUUUUGUUUUAGUGGUGUACUAGGAUUGCUAUUCUCAGCAAUAGUAGUGAAGUGGAGUUGUGGUGUCAGUAAAAAAGGAAAAGGAAGUGGAAAAAAAAAAUCAAAAGAAAAUAGGGAAAAUUUGCUUGCAUUUUUGAGCUAGGGUUUCUGAAGAUGUACAGAGAUGUAUAUUUCAGCUAAUGAAUAGAAGCACUUGAAUGGCUUCUAUCAAGAUUAUGUGAUAUUAGUCUUAGUUGGUAUGAAGAUUUUUAUUCUUUUUUAGUGGAAGAUAUGAAAGCUUUGAAUAGAAAUAGUGAGCUCUCAUUUGGUUCUGUCAAAUUUGAUUGUUGAAUUAAAUCAAACUCUUAAUAU